AUGGAGCAAUUGAAUUCAACAAUGUCUUCAUUGUCGAAUGCAAAUCUGAUUACAACGGUGGAUUAUGUCACACUUCAAAUCAUUCGUUACUUUUCAAUUUUUAUCUUUCUUUUUGGUUCGAUUGGAAAUAUUCUUAAUGUUUUGGUUUUAUCUCAAUCAUCAUUUCGUUCCAAUCCAUGUGCUACACUUUUUCUAUUCUCAUCAGUGGUUAAUUUUAUUGCUAUUCUUUCUGGUCUUCUUUCUCGAAUAUUGUCUGGUUGGGGAACUGAUCUAACAGCAACAACUCGAUUUUUUUGUAAACUUCGUGGUUUUGUUGUGAAUAUUGCAAGACCAGUAGCAAUUUGGUAUAUACUUUUUGCUAUAAUUGAUCGAUGGCUUUUGUCAAGUCCUAGUUUACAGCGUCGACAAAUGAGCUCAUUGAAAAAUGCUAAGCGUGCUAUGAUUAUCAGUCUUAUUGUAGCUAGUUUAGUUUUUUCACAUGUUAUCUAUUGUCAUGAGCCAAAUCUUAUAAAUGCUCCACAGAAAUGUUAUGGAAUAACAAUAGCAUGUCGAUUCGUGACGGAUAUAUCAUUUAUGCUACUGGCUAUUCUUCCUUUGCCUCUCAUGUUAAUGUUUGGUUUGAUGACUGUUUGCAACAUUCGUCAGUCAAGAGGUCGAGUAGCUAAUAGAGAUACAUCAAUGGUGACACAUACGGUAACAACCAAUGCAAAUCCACGACGUCGAAUGUCCAAGCAAGAUCAGAAUCUAUUAAUUAUGCUUCUUGUACAAAUUUUUAUUCUUGUCUUAUUAUCUCUCCCAUUGGCUUUUCAGAAAUUAUACUCAGCAAUCAUGACUGAUAGAACACCAUCUGCAUUGCAAGCAGCCGUUGACAAUUUGGUUUAUAAUCUUGCUCAAUUACUUCAUUUCUUAGCAAAUGGAAUGCCAUUUUAUAUUUAUACACUAGCUGGUGGAAAAGUGUUUCGUAAAGCUUUAUUCAAAUUCUUCAUCAAUUUAAGGCAUCGCAAUCUUCAUAGAUGA